ACAUACACGAGCAAAUGUCAAAACACUGCUCAGCUGUGCCAUUAUUAUUUGUCAAACAACGCGUUUGUAAACGUUUUUCAGCAAUAUUUACAAAUAGUGUGUUUUUACUAAUAUUUCUCUUAAAAAGUAAAUAAAACAUUUAAAAAUGUCUUUAGCCGAUGAACUGCUUGCUGAUCUAGAGGAAGACAAUGAUAAUGAUUUGGACGAGUUACAAAAUAUGGACGAGGAAGAUGAGCCAGAAAAGGCACAAGAAAUAGCAGAGAAGCUACUGAAGCCACAAGUUAAUCUCAUGGAAGUUGAUGUGCAGGUACAAUCCGUAAGAGAUCUCUGUAAACUGCGUGAUUCCGAACGUUUGCAGUAUGUGCUGAAACAAAUCGAGCAGUACGGCAGUAGACAACGUACCGCUGCGGAGAUGCUAGGAAAUGUGGAGUCUGAUCCAGAAUAUCAAUUAAUUGUUGAAGCCAAUGCAAUCGCUGUUGAUAUCGAUAAUGAAAUAUCCAUAAUACACAAAUUUGCCAAAGAAAAGUAUCAAAAACGCUUUCCUGAACUAGAUUCUUUGAUUGUCGGGGAAAUUGAAUAUUUGUACGCUGUAAAGGAAUUGGGCAAUGAUCUAGAGCAGGUAAAGAAUAAUGAGAAAUUGCAAGCCAUCCUGACGCAAGCAACCAUUAUGAUCGUUUCGGUGACAGCUUCGACCACACAAGGCACUGAGUUGACCGCCAACGAAAAGGCGCAGAUUGAUGAAGCCUGCGAAAUGGCGAUUGAUUUAAAUAACUACAAAUCUCAUAUUUAUGAAUACGUGGAGAGUCGCAUGACAUUUAUAGCGCCCAAUUUAUCAAUGAUCGUUGGUGCGUCCACUGCUGCAAAACUACUGGGUAUAGCUGGCGGUUUAACCAAACUUUCGAAAAUGCCUGCUUGCAAUGUGCAAGUAUUGGGCUCACAAAAGAAAACUUUAGCAGGUUUCUCCAAAACACAAAUGCUACCGCAUACUGGCUAUGUUUACUUCUCACAGAUUGUGCAAGAUACGCCACCGGAUCUACGACGAAAAGCAGCACGUUUAGUUGCCGCUAAGGCUGUGCUCGCCGCACGUGUUGACGCUUGUCAUGAGAGUGUACAUGGUGAAGUGGGUCUAAAGUUCAAGGAGGAUAUCGAGAAAAAGUUGGAUAAGUUGCAAGAACCACCGCCAGUCAAAUUUAUCAAACCGUUAAGCAAACCCAUCGAGGGCAGCAAGAAGAAACGUGGUGGCAAGCGUGUACGCAAGAUGAAGGAGCGUUACGCGCUUACGGAAUUCCGUAAACAAGCAAAUCGCAUGAACUUUGGUGAUAUCGAAGAGGAUGCCUACCAAGGCGAUCUGGGCUAUUCUCGUGGCACUAUAGGCAAAACGGGCACAGGUCGCAUACGCUUGCCACAAGUGGAUGAGAAGACCAAAGUGCGCAUUAGCAAAACGCUGCAAAAGAAUUUACAGAAACAACAAGUUUACGGUGGUAGCACUACAGUGAAGCGCCAAAUCUCCGGUACAGCUUCAAGUGUCGCUUUCACACCAUUGCAAGGUUUGGAAAUUGUUAACCCACAGGCAGCGGAGAAAUCGCAAACUGAAAAUAAUGCUAAAUACUUCUCCAAUACUUCGGGUUUCAUAUCUGUCGGCAAACGUACCACAUAAAGUCUCAAAUAAAAACAACAGUUAUUGAAUAUUAUAUAAAUAUUUAUAUUAUAUGAAUUUGGGCUAAAAUAUAAAAUAAAAUUUACACCUUUUGAAUUGUCAAUAUACAUUAAAAAAUAUUCGGUAUAGAAAAUGGAGGCAAAGCACAAAUUAAAUUAAACAAAAAUAAUAAAUUCUGCAAACAAAGCUUAAUUAAAUGCAAAUGUUACAAUGGUGAGAUUCUUUAAAAACAUAGCAACGGAAUGUGCACAAAAAACGUAUCCAAACAUACAUACAUACAUA